AUGGAGGCCCCGGCCGACCCCGGGUCCCACGCCUCGGCCUCGGCCUCGUCCUCGGCCGCGGCUCCUCUGCGCGCCCCGGAGGUGGCGCGGCUCCGAGAGGAGCAGGAAAAGGUGGUCACUAACUGCCAAGAGAAAAUCCAGCAUUGGAAGAAGGUAGAUAAUGACUAUAAUGCCCUUCAAGAAAGACUCAGUACCUUGCCUGAUAAAUUGUCUUAUAAUAUCAUGGUACCAUUUGGCCCCUUUGCCUUCAUGCCAGGAAAACUUGUCCAUACUAAUGAAGUCACCGUUUUACUUGGGGACAAUUGGUUUGCAAAGUGCUCAGCAAAGCAGGCUGUGGGCUUAGUCGAGCAUCGGAAAGAACAUGUAAGAAAAACAAUAGAUGAUUUAAAAAAAGUGAUAAAAAAUUUUGAAUCCAGAGUUGAAUUCACAGAAGAUUUGCAGAAAAUGAGUGAUGCUGCAGGUGAUAUUGUUGAUAUAAGAGAAGAAAUUAAAAGUGACUUUGAAUUUAAAGCAAAACACCGAAUUGCCCAUAAACCUCACUCCAAACCAAAAACUUCAGAUAUUUUUGAAGCAGAUUUUGCAAAUGAUGUCAAAUCCAAGGAUUUGCUUGCUGAUAAGGAACUGUGGGCUCGACUUGAAGAACUAGAGAGACAAGAAGAAUUGCUGGGUGAACUUGAUAGUAAGCCUGAUACUAUGAUUGCAAAUGGAGAAGAUACAUCUUCUGAAGAAGAAAAGGAAGAUCAGAACAUAAAUGUGCAUGUGAUGCACCAAGUAACAGACUCUGUUCAUUCCAGCAGUUGUUAUAAGGAUGUUACACAUUCAGAACUGUUCAAUGGCCAAGUGAAUAGUCAGUUGAACUGUUCAAUGAUUGGUUCAAAUUCUUAUCACAGUAAUGAAGAUGAAGAAGAAGAAGAAGAUGAUGAUGAUGAUGAUGGUGAUAAUGAAAAUGAUGUUUUAGGGGUUGGAGAUCAUUCUGUACCAACAAUAUAUUUUUCUCACACUGUCGAACCUAAGAGGGUCCGAAUAAAUACUGGAAAAAAUACCACUUUAAAAUUCAGUGAGAAGAAAGAAGAAGCCAAACGUAAACGAAAGAACAGCUCUGGCAGUGGUCAUUCUGCCCAGGAACUGCCUACCAUCAGGACUCCUGCUGACAUUUAUAGAGUCUUUGUUGAUGUUGUGAAUGGAGAAUAUGUUCCUCGUAAGUCCAUCCUGAAGUCUCGCAGCAGAGAGAACAGUGUUUGCAGUGACACCAGUGAAAGCAGUGCUGCUGACUUUGAUGACAGACGGGGAGUUCUGAGGAGUAUUAGCUGCGAAGAGGCCACUUGUAGUGACACCAGUGAGAGUAUUUUGGAAGAGGAACAGGAAGAAAACCAUCACAAGAAACUUUUGCCUUUAUCAGGAACACCUGAGGCUUUUUCUGGAACUGUAAUAGAAAAAGAAUUUCUAUCGCCCUCCUUAACACCACACCCAACCAUGGUUCAUCCUGUAUUACCCACCAUUCCAGAACGAAAAGAAGUCUUGUCAGAAAUAUCAGAAGAAACUACCAAGAGGGUUUCAAAGUUCAAAGCUGCCAGAUUGCAGCAGAAAAACUAG